GCUGCAGAGGCUGUGCGGUGCGAUGGGGACAGGGCUGCCGGGAGCUGCUCUUCUCCUCUGCCUGGUAGAUGUUCUCCAUGCUUUUGCGAUUGAAGAGAAGGGAGAUGUGUUCAAGAGAAUGGCUUGUCCUGCUUUCCUGAUGUUCGACAACGCCGCUUACCUGGCUGACAUGACCUUCGAGCUCCCUUGCAAGUGCAAGCCUGAAGAGGUCUCUUCUGUCACCUGGUAUUUCCAGAAGAACAUGGGCAGCCGUAAAACCACGGUCCUGACGGACUUUGCUGGCAACAUGAUCGUGGACUCAGGCCACAUCCACGCCGGCAGUGACAUGCUGAAGCGUUUCAGCAUCCGGAUGUUUAGCCUCAUCGUCUUCCGAGCCCAGGCGACAGACUCAGGGCACUACCUGUGUGGCACUAAGGAAGGGGACUUCUUCUACGGCUACGACGUGGACGUGCAGCCCACCAAGUCCAUCGUGGUGGCUUUUGAGGACAAAGGCCAGCACGUCCAGGAUGACCGCAUGGGGCAGCUCAUCAACCUCUUCACCACCUUCUGGGACUGGACUCGGUGUGACCGCUGCGGGGUGAGAGGCGAGCAGCGGCGGAUCGGGCUCUGCUACGUGCAGACAGCCCAGCUGCACCCCCGCUACCGUGCUGCUGUGCCCAACGUCACGUCCUGUGGCUCCAAGGCUGUCCCCGCUCGCUUCCAGAGCCUGAGCCACCUCCGAAGCCCCGAGGUGGCCAUCCGAAGCUGCGUGACCCCUUGCCGGACGGACGAGGUCCCCGAGGAAGGUGUGCAGACCAUCUCCAAUAUCAUUUCCAAGCUGGGUAGGAAGCCCUGGCUGCCCCAUGUCCCCACCCAGUUCCACAAGCAGCCCAUUGGAACCGACCUGAUCAUCGCGUGCCCAGGAGCCCGGCCCGAGCAUGCCGUGGCCUGGGACAAGGACUCCGUGCGGCUCUACCUCUCCCACUACCUCAUCCAUGUCAACAAGACCAUGCGGGUCUUCAUUGACCACGGCAACCACCUGCACAUCCAGCGGGUCCGGAGCAGGGAUAGAGGCACCUAUUUCUGCUGGCGGGAGGGCGAGAUGGUGGCUGGCUUCCGGCUCAGCGUGUUCCACCAGGUCCGGCGCCGGCGCUCGCUCCAAGACCCCGAGACCAUCUACGCCAUGCGCAUCAUCGGCAUCAGCUACAUCAUCAUCAGCAUCCUCUUCGUCGUCAUCCACGUGUGCCAGUGCUGCUGGCGGGCGCUGAGGGGCCCUGUCUGAACCCAGCAUCUCCAGCGUGGCCCCAAUGGGACGCUCUUACCCCUCGGACCAUUCUCCCAUUGGAAAUUCCUGGUGUUC